ACAGUACAGUAAUAAUAAAGUCGAUUUUUGUUUAAAUAAAAAGUCAUGAUUGACGAAUGUUGGAUAGAAGUAAUAUCUCUCUCUGAUACUGAUACAAUCCAUAAUAAAAUGGGCGAACCGAACUAACAAAAAACUCGUAAAUGUCAAAUGUCAAUGUCAAAAUGGUGUUUGUUAUUUAGGUACAUUGAGUUGUAAAUUAAAUUGCGCAAUUAAAUAGAAUACCUACUAAUUCUAAGCUGGCGUAUUCUGGCUUUGUUUUAUUAAAUUUAGUGUUCUGGCUGUUAUGAUAAGUCCACGUUGCGUUUGUGCCCAUUUAUAGCAGUGUUUCUAUAAACAACUUCAUAACCUGUACAUUUGCUAUGUUUUUAUAGCCCUGAACAAAAAGCAAUUUUGCUACUCGUACUAAAUAUAUGUGUUAAUUUUAUUCAAAAUGUAUCCUCGUUGUGGAAGCAGUGGUUCUAUACAGAACAUUCAUCAAACCCCAUCAUCAUCUAAUCACAAUUCAGAGGAUGAAGAUGACAGUGGGGAUAACAAAGCAGCCCUUAGCUUUAAGGAAAGGAGGAGGGAGGCUCACACACAGGCAGAACAAAAGAGAAGGGAUGCUAUAAAGAAGGGCUAUGACUCUCUGCAGGAUUUGGUACCAACCUGUCAGCAAACUGAGAACACGGGCUAUAAGCCUAGUAAGGCAGCAGUGCUUCAGAAGUCCAUAGACUACAUCCAGUACCUACUGCAGCAGCGGCGCCGCCAGGAGGAGGAGCGCAACUCGCUGCGCAAAGACGUGGUUGCGCUGCGGAUCAUGCAGGCCAACUAUGAGCAGAUUGUAAAGGCUCAGCACGCCGUGCCCGGACACAACGAGCAGAGACUCACCGACCAGGACAAGUUUGCUGUGUUUCAGGCUAUAAUGGACAAGUUGUUUGAGUCAUUCGAGUCGGUGCCGACAAACAACUUCGCCGAGUUUUCAGCGGCUGUGUUCAACUGGCUAGAGGAGUACUGCAAGCCUCAGUCGCUGAGGACAAUGGUGCACAGUGUGCUUAGAGAACAGAACUAUACUGGAUAGCAGAACAAUACUUAUAUUUUUUGCUAAGAUCGUUUUCUCCUCAAAUCAAAUAUGUUACUGAGUGUAAAGGGAAUUAAUAUAUACUUUUUAUACCUUUACUAAUGUUACAAGUCCUUCUAGCCACGUACUAUAGAGACGCACUAUCGCGAGACUGUCUAAAUGACAAAAUUCGUAGAUAGGUACUUUAUGGAUAAUGUCAUCCAUACACAUAACUUACGAUCUUAAUAUAUCGAGGUAGGCACUGUAAUUAGUAGUCCUAAAACUUUUAAACAUUUUUCGCGUGGAUAUGGUCUUCUAGCAUCAAAAAUUCGAUGUGUCCAAUUUUUGUGUUUAAGAGUUUGUACCUUUACAGUGUGUUUUUAUAUGAUUGCUGAAAGUGGCUAAUGUAUGUUAUACCAUCCGUUGCAAAUGUUGUUUUUAUCCAAGAUCAUAGCUGUUGUAGUUUUGUAAUAUUUAGCCAGCCAUAAACUGUUAUUUGAGUGUCAAUUUUAUCACCAUUUAGCAUAGUCUAAUGCACAUGAAUGCAAUUUUUUAAUUCGGUAUUUUGUUUGGCUGGAGAUUUGGAUAAUCUAGUGGCCCUAUACACUUCUCAUCAAAAAAUCAAAACAACGCCCGGUUUUAGUUGUAUGUAAACAUUAUUAAAUAGGAGUAUUAAGAAUAAAAAAAAAUAUGUCAUUUUACAGCGGGUUUCAUAAGGUUUUUAAUUCUUAGUGUGUGUUUUGUUUUGUUGAACUGUGUUGUAUACUUUUUUGAAUAUUCGCUCAGUGCGUAUGACAGCAGCACAGAUGGAGUACAGCCUUGGAGCAAUACGGGGUUGCACGCAACCCUGCUCUAUGCGUACAAUUACAUGCGAAUUAAAAAUACCAAGAAAAUGCACUAUUCUGGCAGCUGUUAGACGCACCAUGCUAAAAGGUAAAGGGCAAUAGGAAUAGUAAACGGCCGAGUUCCUUAUGAUUUUAUUAACUAAGGCCUAAGUGUUAUAAACAAAGGAUUUUGGUAGAAUUCUUUAUUAUUCAAAUUGUAUCCUAAUAUUAUAUUAUUAACAUAUUUUGAUGUCAUAUUAUAUAAUUAUAUAAUGUUGCAUAAACUCAGUCGUGUUGUUAAGCUUAUGUAAAAUGGGAAAUAAGAAACAUACUCGUCUAAAAACUUGAAUAUUAAAUAAUAAUAAAAUAUUAAACCGAAUUUAUAGAACUCAAAUAGAAUUGUGUAUUGACCUUGUUGUUUGUCUUUGCGUUUAAUGACGAGUAAUUUUCUUUUUAUAGGGUAAUCUAAUCAAAAAGGGAAGUAUAUUUUAAGAUUUCAUUUUAUUAUUAUUGUAAUUCGGGAUCCAAGUAACCUAUUAUUGGCUGUUACUUUAUUUAUUACAAAUUAUGAAUAUAUCCUGUUACGGCUCGGAUUUCCAAGGAAUAGUUGAACAAAGGGCCUUAAAUUUUGUAUGAUAACAAUGAUAUAAAAUGUUAUUCAUGGUUAUAGGUACAUUAUCUAUUUGUAUAUUGAGCGGGUUUAAGUAUUUGGACAAUAAUUAUAGGUGCUUUCACUGUAGUUCACCUGCCUUGUUCCAUGUUUAUUGUACAUACAAUAUUAUAUAUUAUACAAUAUAAUUGUUAUAAUAAUAGAA